AUGGCGUGCGCUUUUUACAACAAGCUCGAUCAGGUGAGGUCAGGGGAUGUGGUAUGGCGUGGAGAUGGUAUUAAUAAUGUCGAGUACCGACUGAUGAAUGAGUUCGUGAAGGCAGACGAUUCUGAUGUUUUCGCUGGGAAGGAUCGAAGGUACAUUAGAGACUUUCCGGCUUGCAUUGGGCAGGCGAAUGAUGGGUCGGGAGCUGGGCUGAAGCAUCGGAUCAAUGUUGGCACGGAUUGGUGCGGCGAUCAGGGUUGGACACAUCUUAUAGGGCUCAAAGUUCUCCAUCCUGAUGAUGUUAAAUACGUACCUGUGGAUGAUCUCCUCACGAUAUGCAUCUCUGUGUCACCGCAAGGAUGGGUCUAUCGCUUCAUUCAGUUGCCUGAGGUCGGUCAGGUCGCGGGUUCGAUCCCCGGUCACUGCAUUUCAGUCCACAUCCAGCUGUCCCAGUGGUUACGAUGA